AUGAACUGCACCGAGGCAGAAACCACCGAAGUCCUGGCAUCGCAGACGGUCACAACCCAAGAAGGCAGCCUUGACCACGUCCUCGACGUCCUGGUCUCACACGAUCAUCCUUUUCUACUCGUUGGAUGCGCGGCACAACGAUGGAUGGGCUCCAAUGGAACCAUGACAAACGUAUGCGAGAUUCCCAUCAGAAAUAACGACAUAGAUACUAUUGCUUCAGACUUGGUUGCAACAGGACAAUGGGAGGUCAACAAGCCAGAACCAGAAGCUUCCCAUGGACAUGACCCGAUAGACAAGUGCGACUCGGACGUCGUUCUUAGGCGACUGCAAAUAGGAAAUGACAACGAGUUCGCCUACCUGGCUCUCUGGUCCGAAGAAAGCUAUCACAUCAACGUACAUGAAUGCGCCACCAUCAAAGUCCCCGACGUGUAUUCCUGGCAACCUAUCCUAGUCGAAGAGAGUUGGCAUCCAGCCAUGCACCGGGAUAACGGCUGGUGGUAUGGUCCGCGUGUGCAUCCAGAUACAAAGGUGCCGAAUUCGCCUCGUAGUGCGCACCCCAAGGCCAUUUUCUUCCCAGGACUUCCACGAGGCAAAAGUGCUACACAUCCGCAUCCCAUUCUUAUCCCAGCUCUGCCAAUCUACAUCGACGCACUUGUAUAUCACAUGACUCGUUACAAGACGAGCAAACCGGGAAUCUGGGCUCUUUCGGCGUGGCAACUCAAGAAUCUGACGAGGUAUUUGUACUUGGAGUUGGACCAUCAGCAACUGCCGCUUUUGAUUGAACUAGAGGAAUACGAGUUUAUGGAAGGUUAUCUGGAGAGGUUUGUGAGGAAGCCGAGAUUUGUGUACCGUGUGGAUGAAAGGGGCAGUUUUGAGGCAACGAGGGUGAGAGAAUGGGAUCCGGAGAGCUAUCCGGAGUGGUGUGGGACGAGGAAGUAG